UUCAACAUGAAAUGAAAUCACGAAUUAGUCACAAGUCGGUAGCGAUGUAAGCCGGACGCUACGCUCUUUGCUUGCCUUCGCGCUCUUUCGCGCCGCGGCCGGUUCCCCGCGGAUUUAGGCCAAGUGCUUCUCUUUCCUUCCUGGCCACAAACGUAACUCUAUCCCUUUCUCCUAGUGCUACUUUCAUUGAUGUAAUCAGUUCAAUGUUUACAUUUAAAUAUCAGGUGAUGAAAAUUCAUUGUGUUUUGAAUGCUGAUAAAGGAUUUCUCAGCUGGUUGCUGGUUGCUGAGCUUUAUGUAGGUAUGGGCGACGUGACAUCAAGUCGCCAUGCCGGUUCUACGCAACGCUGAUCACCCCGCGUCGCAGGCCACCGACUCGGUGAGCCUGCGCUACGCGGUUGCAGUGCUGGGGGCCUGGGCCGCCGAAGGAGCAACGUACCCCUUUGACUUGACGAAGACGCGGCUGCAAAUUCAGUCUGAAGUCGCAGCUGCUAACAAAGCCGGAUAUAAGAUCGAGAACCAUGGCAUGAUAAAAACAGCAGUAGGCAUCGCAAAACAAGAAGGCGUUCUAAAACUAUGGAGCGGCCUGAUGCCCAUGUUCCAACGACACAUCAUAUACUCGGGCAGCCGUCUCAUCGUCUAUGAAGAAUUCAGAAACAGGUUCAAGGAUGAAGAUGGAAAAACGUCUCUGAAAACCGCGUCUUUGGGCGGGCUGGCGGCGGGCGCGCUGGCGCAGCUCGUGGCGUCGCCCACGGACCUGGUGAAGGUGCAGAUGCAAGCCGAGGGUCGGCGGGUUCUGCAGGGCAAGCCGCCGAAGUAUACUGGCUGCUGGCAGACGUACAAGCUGCUCUAUAGGGAGAGCGGGAUUUUGGGCUUCUGGAGAGGAGCCGUCCCAAACGUGCAACGAGCAGCGCUAGUCAACAUGGGCGACUUGGCAGCCUAUGACUAUAGCAAACAAUUCCUGAUGCGGGAAUUCGGCAUGGCAGACAACGCGCUGGUGCAUGCCGGAGCGGCGUUCGCGGCCGGUUUUGUAGCUGCCGUUGUGGGCACGCCGGCAGACGUGAUGAAGACCCGUCUGAUGAAUCAGCCCGUCGGUCCGGAUGGGAGGGGAGUCCUGUACCGUGGCAUGAUCGAUUGUCUUCAGCAAUCAGUGAAGAACGAAGGCAUUUUGACCUUGUAUAAGGGCUUCUUGCCCCUCUGGAUGCGAUUAGGCCCGUGGGCACUGAUUAACUGGAUGGCUUUUGAAAAUAUCAUGCUUGCCUUAGGAGGAAAGACAUUUUAGAAAACAGAACAACAGUUGCUGAAGUUAAUAAAAAUAAGCAAGGCAAUGAUUUAGGUAACGUGAAGUCAGGGUACUCUGCGGGCUGGCGUCAGUUUUAUUAGAAGCUUACUAGAAUUUUGGGAAGAGAACCAUAAAAACUGAUAGGUACCUAACUCUAAACUUAAUGUAAGAAGCUAAGCUUAAUGUGUAGCUUCCUUUAGAAAUACUCUUUACAUUUCAUCAAGUGUAGAAAUAUGCCAACCCAAACUAUUUUGAUUGCGUAGCACAAUUUUUAUAUUUUAUUUAUUUAUUAUAUUAGUUAUUUUAUUAAUUAAUAUAGGUAUUUUAAUGUGACAGUUUUAGUUUAAGUGAUAUUGUGAGGCCUCUAUUUAUUCUACCGAUGUUUAUUUACGUUUGUUUUGGUGUUGUCUUUGAGUCUUUGCGACCAACCAAUUUUAUUCGUAAGAUAUUCUGCUUAUAGUUAAAAUACAUAUUUCAAUGAAAACACCAAAACACGCAUAAAAAUAUCCCUAGGAUUAAGCGCAAGGCGUGAAUUUAGUAAAAUAGACAUAAGUAAUACAUAGUACUUAAAUAUAGAACCAUAUAACGAUGAAUUAAUUGAAUUGACGACCGGUCUGGCCUAGUGGGUAGUGACCCUGCCUGUGAAGCCGAUGGUCCAAGGUUCGAAUCCCGGUAAGGGCUUUUAUUUGUGUGAUGAACACAAAUAUUUGUUCCUGAGUCAUGGGUGUUUUCUAUGUAUAUAAGUAUGUAUUUAUAUCUAUAUACGUAUGUAUUUAUCUAUAUAAGUAUGUAUAUCGUCGCCUAGCACCCAUAGUACAAGCUUUGCUUAGUUUGGGGCCAAUUAGGGCUAGGUUGAUCUGUGUAAGAUGUCCCCAAAUAUUUAUUUAUUAUUAUUUAAUUUGAAACACUUUUAUGAAGCAAACUAGACAAUUAGGUGCUAUAAUUCUAUUUUAAGUUAGGUAUAUAUGUAUAAAUCAUAUUGAAUCUAGUGUAAUGAAGGGCAAACAUCUGAUAACUGGAACAUUACAUUAACCAUUUGAUUAAUGCCGUAUACUUAUGCCGUCAAGUUAAAUGGCUCCUGUACACGAUGGCCCAGCGCUAGACCAGCGAGAUGGCCAUGCGAUGGUUAUAGCUCCUCUACACGAUGGCCCAGCGCUAGACCAGCGAGAUGGCCAUGCGAUGGUUAUGGCUCCUCUACACGAUGGCCCAAAAUUUUACCGCCAAAAAUGUCAUAUAGCCAGUUAUUGGCGGUUUACCCUACUAACUUAAUUUCAUACCAAAGUUUGAUUUUAUGCUCUAUUUGUUAUGUAGGUACUAUUACAAUACUAAUUCUUGUUCAUAGUCUGCAUUAGAAACGGCUUUCUCACAGCGUACUUAUACGGUAUGGAAUCCCAGUCCAGAAUUCUUAUCUAGGGUCAGCCAUAUGUGUAAACAGAAAUCAUAUUUCAGACCAUUUCACUAGUAAAUCAGAUCGAAUAUCUAGAUUUCUUUGACGACUGGCCUUCCCGUACUCCCCCCGUUAAUGAUUUUACUUAUUUAUUUUAUCAAUCCUGUAAUGGUAUAAUCAUCCCGGACACCUCGGGAGAGAUGGCCAAUUGUAAUUUUUUUUUAAAUAUUUUUCAAGCUGAUCGCAAUAUAAAUUAUUUUUUGGUGUUUCAUUUUCGAAAGUCAAUUGAUCAAGGUUUAUGAAGAAAUAAAGAUUUAUUUAAUUACAUGUAAUCUUUUUUAUAGCGUUCUAAAAAACUAUGGCCAACUACCCCGGAAUUAACCUAAUUAAACAAAAUAAAUAAGGAUUAGUUAAUUUCAUUUUGUAUGGGUUACGUUCUUAUUCUCGAACAUUCUCGAGAACGUCACAACUUUCGUUUUACCAAAUGCUGUUGUACAAACAACGUGGUGAAACUGAUUCGAUAUAAGGAGUCCACAAUUGCCUCCUCACAAUGUUGUAACUAAAACAUUUAUGUUAUAGGUAAUUGUUAUAAAAUAGUAAAGAUGUGCGAUUUUCCGACACUUCAGUACGAUAUAAAAUAUUGUCAUUAAAAUUAACUUAAUUUUAUCUGUUUUAAAAUACACUUCGUAUAAUAUUACACCAUCUAAUCUGAUGUAACUGCUCAAAUGGAUAAAAGACGUAAACACGUAUCAGACACGUGUAAAAAGUACGUUAUUGCGCAAAACUGCUGAUAAACUAAGGGUCGGUUGCGUCGCUAAAUUUUAUUGUAUGAAAAGUUUCAUAGUAAACCGCCGCGGCGUGCCGGGUGACGUUGAUCAGUCUGUCAAGUGCGGAUGGUGCAACUGGCACUUAGUCGUAUCGUCAGAUGUUUCGAAAUCUUAGGUAGUACCAAAGAGGAUAUAAUAAGAUAGAGCGAUACUGUCAUGUCUGUAACCACUAUAAAUUCACUGCCAUCUAUUGACAUACUUUAAAACUAAAAAUGAAGAUUUAUAAAAAUACGUUAAAAUGUAUUUAAAUAUGAUUUUGACCUAUGUUCUUUCACUGAUAAGCGUUAAAAUUAUAAAUAACAAACGAGACCGUCAACGCCCUCUAUACGAGAGUAGGCCAAAGCUAGUGGCGCCAUCUGAUCGAGAAUCAAAUUUUCGUGAUUUUCGAGGCACGUUUUUUCCUUAGAUUGUAUCCAUCUAUUACGGAGUUAUAUCUAUCUUUGGUAGUACUUAUUACAUCAUAAUAUUAUAAGCCUUCAUAAAUGUUUUUUUUUCCUUGUAUAUUUUAUAGGAAUGCCGUUUACUAAAUGUGAUGUUAUUUAGGUGUAAUAAAUUAUUAAAUUGUUGAGAA